AUGAAGUCGUUGAUCAUUUCUUUGGCUGUAGUCGCUACGUCUAUUGCCGACCCUCAAGGAUAUAAUCUAGCAGCGCCCUCCGGAAGAGGGUUUUCCCAUGGCGCUCAAGGUGGAGGAGGAGGAUCCUUCGGCAGCGGAGGCGGAGAAUUUUCUCGAGGAAAUGGAUUCUCAGGCGGUGGAGGUGGACUCUCAGGCAGUGGAGGUAAUGGAUUCUCAAAUGUCGGAGGUUCUUCAUCUGGACAAGGUUAUGGGGGCGGAGGUUCCGGAGGAGCCUGCAGAGAAGGAGAGAUCCUGCACGUAGAUGGAUCGUGCGUCGUUCCCAUCGUUACAAGAAAUGUGUUCGUUUAUGAUGCUCCCGAACAGCCUCAAGGGGAAAGCGGUCCACCACCAAGUAUUCCACCACCGAGGGUUGAUCACAACAUUCUGUUCGUACGCAUUCCUGAAGAAGGUCCAGGACCCGAACCUAUCAUUGUUCCACCACCAAAACAGGAAAGCAUUGUGUACGUCCUGAACAAGAGCGGAGGUGACGGAGGACAGCGCGUGAUCGAGGUGACAGCUGCUCCUCCUUCAAAUCCUGAGGUAUACUUCGUCAACUACGAAGAGGGAGAAAAUCCAACCCUUCCUAUUGGAGUGGAUCUUCAGACUGCCCUCCAGGCAGCUGCUGAAGCAGGUGGUCAGGUCAUCGGGGGCUCUAAUGGAGGUGCUGGAGGAAUCAGCGGUGGCUUUGGAGGUAGUUCCGGUGGUGCAGGAGGAUUUGGAGGCGGUUCCGGUGGUGCUGGAGGAUUUGGCGACGGAUUUGGUGGUAGCGGAAGUGGUGCUGGUGGUUUUGGUGGCAAUGCAGGUACCGGAAGAGUUUCAGGCAGUGGUCUGUAUGGUCCUCCAUCUUAAAGAUUCUUUUCUAAAUGGAGUUUUAUACCAAAAAGAGGGAUGGAUCGUGUUUAUUUCAUCCAAUUUUCAUUCGUUUUGUUAGCUGUUGCAUGUUUCUAUAAUUAUAAAUAAAAUGAACACGUCA